AGGGAAGUGCGUCUCCUAUUGGAUCCUGAGGAGUUUGAUUACCUCCUACCAAACGAGGCGGUGGUCGGCUUCUUCCUGACCGUGGACGACUCUAGGGACCAGGCGAUCUCCCCGAUCAUGGAAAUGAAGCACUACGAGAGAUCGAUCGACAUCCUCCAGCCCCAAGUCGACAUCGAUGAUCUUUUUGUUGGGUCCCAAUUUCAAACCUUCAUUCAAAUUGGCUUCGCUGAUUCGGUGGCCAAACCGGCGUUCAGUUCGCGCAUGCUUCAGCUCAAGGACGACACCAACAUCGUCCAACGCUCUUCUAGGAUUGUGAAGGGUCGGCUGGUUCAACAGUGGGCCUACCUCCGUCUGGAGAACGCGUCAGCCGCUGUUGUCAUUGAAAAUCUAGCCCUACGUCUAGGUAAUCUUAAACGCGACUUCGACAAUAUGCUGCAAAUCCUCGCUGAAUUGCAGGCCUCGCAUCACAUGACUUCCGAGGUAAAGUCGUCGAAGUUUGACUACGUGGAGACCUGCUCCUCUCCAACUGGCACAGCGCUGAAUGUGAUCGUCAACUUCACAAAUGGCUUCCACGAAGAUCUUUGCGACCUCAUCGAGAACAACGAGCAUUCCUUUCUGAUCCACAAAAUCGACUGCCAGGUGAAGCAAACAAAUCGCGCUGGUAGUCCGUCUGUGCCAUCAACCCCGUCGCAUUCGUCUGAUGCCACAGAGACGGGAUCUAUUUUGCAGCUUUACGUGGUGCAAAUGCUCUUCUUUCACUUGCACAGCAUGAAUCAGCAGAUUAUCCUGCUGCUUCGACGACAAGUAAGCCUGCUGUCAAUGGUGAACCAGGAGAUCCAGCAACAGCAACAGCAGCAGACAAGUGGACGUGUUGACGAAAUGGAGACCCUGGAAUGCAUGCGUUGUGAGCGAUUGCUGAACGUGGGCGCAGGUGGAAGUGCCAACUCCAUGAGUUGCCAUCGAGUGGAGCGUAGUCUGACGGUGAAUAUGACUCGACACUGGACGCUUUUCAAGAAAUUCAAUCAGGCCAUUGCAGCGUGCACACAGCGUCUAGACGCGUUAAUGAACAACUUGGAGGUGACACGCGUUGCCAACGCAAAACACAUCCAGGUUUUCAACAAAAUCACCGGAGGUGACAUUUCUGACGCUGAGUCGGCAACGCAUGGCCUGGUAUCCCUACGAAUUAAGCUCAACACGGAAGAGAGACCAAGUCUAGCAGAAUUUGUUUCACUUAACGAAUUUGCAUCUCCUACGUCGGAAUUUUUGGGAAUUCUCACAUGCGGUCUGGCUGGGUUAAUAGCUCUAAUUACUCUCUGGAGAGUAGUGGAGGUGAAGAGGAUUCUCUCUCAACGCCCGUUCCCAUCAUCGAUCUCAGAGGACAACGCGACCAGCGAAGUGGAGACCACAGUGAAUUACUUUAAGACACCAUCAGUUACCACGUAG